CAGGGCAGUGCUUCUGGUCAGCGAACAGCUGAACACUUCACAGAAGUGUGAGGACUGACUGAACACAAUGCAGCGCUGAGCCACUGUGAGAGUCAGAGAGAGCGAGAGAGAGAGAGAGAGACUGGGAACAACGGUGCAGCCAAGGAGACUACAGAAACACUCUUCCCCCAAAUCCCCAACUCUGCAGAGUGAGGGGGAGAAAUUGGACAGACAAAGGCAUUCUUGGCUUUCAGUUUAAAAGAAGAAGAAAAAAAUUACAAUACGCGGGGCACAAUCAUUUGUUCUGAGAUAAAAUUCAAGAAGAAAGGCGUGACAGCCGAGUGCUCAAUUUUACCAUCAGCACAACAUCUCCUGACACAAAGUGAGGGAUUAUAGCGCAGCGCUGCAUGAAGGAUAAAUCCAUCCGGGAGAAGAGACCAUCAGAGACAGGAUGAGAGCGACUCUGAGGAUCACGUGGCUGAUACUUUCACUCGGCUUCCUGUGUCACAAUGUCUGUUCAGAUUCCUCUGCAGGGAUGACAACUCCAGUGACUAGUACACAUACUGGUACAAUUUCUGCUACCGCAAAUACUACAGUCAUACGCACAUCAGCAGCAACAACAACAACAUUAGCUGUCGCUACCAGUCAGAAUAGUAAUUCCACACAUGUCAUGACAACAGUCACAUCCCCUACAAUGACGAGUGAACACACAUCAAAGGACACCCAAACAAAACCAGGCACUUUCCCACAGGAUGUCACAAAGAGCACCACAGAAAAUAAGACUGGUAAUGACUCUUCUACUAAAGUCAUUUCUUCCACUUCUACUGCUGUUAUCAUCAACUCACCCAAGAACCCGGCCAUGACUAUAAUGCCUCACAGCAGCAGCAGCUCAACGGUUGCAGCUACUGUAUCCAGUAAAGAAGCUGUAGUAUCUUCUGAGCUGUCACAAACCCAUGUUCCAACAGCAGUCACUGAUACAACAGAACAAGUAAUCAAGACUCCUAGCUCCACUGUAGCUCCAAUGAUGAGCCAAAAAGGUUCCUCUAAAUCCAGUGACCCUCUAAAUACAGUGACUACCGCGGCAACUGCAUUCAUGGGGGUCACCUCCCUCGGUGAGGGGACACAAGCUUCUUCAACAAGGACACCAGAUUUUCCUCGACAGGAAACCUCGACAAUCACCAGUACCGCCACAGCCACCACCACCACCACCACCACCAGUACCACCACAGCCACCACCACCAUCGCUACUACACCCACCACCACCACCACCAUCACUACCACACCCACCACAUUGCCUCCUCUGCAGGUGUUUUCUUAUUCUCACAACACCAAAGAGGAGUCAACAGAUAAAAAUCUGGAAGAAGUGUGCAAGAAGCUGAUGGUGAACUUUGCAGCUGGAAACUGCACUCUGAAAUAUUACAAACAACAAAAUGGAACCAUAAAGAUUAACUCUGUGGAGACAAAUGGCAAAGUGAACGCAAGCGUCGCACAACAGUAUUAUGAAGAAAUCACCACGAAACUGAAGGAUAACAAAACUCUCAUAGCCAUCCUGGCCUCUUGCAUAGCCCUGCUCAUCAUGAUUGUCAUUCUUGCUGCAUGUGCCUCCCACCACCGCAAGCCUUACAAUGAGAACCAGCAACACUUGACAGAAGAGCUGCAGACUGUGGAAAACUGUUACCAUGACAACCCCACGCUGGAAGUGAUGGAGGUGCAGUACAAGAUGCAGGAGAAGAAGGUGGUGCUGAAUGGAGAGUUCAACGAUAGCUGGAUUGUCCCCUUUGACAACCUGCUAAAAGAGGACAUCCCUGAUGAGGAGGACACCCACCUGUAACCCACCUGGGCCAACAACAACCACAACAAAUGACAUGAUGUCCACACAUCUUAAACUCUUGUCCCUCAUGCCCCUGUAGCCCCAUAGUGAAGAGUGUCGUGUUUAGGAGCUGCUCUGUUUGAUGUAUUUAUGCAGUAAGUUGGCGCAGCAAUAACUGUGGCCUUGAAAGCUUCAUGAAAUACGUUUUUAAAACUCCACUAAAUCAGUUAUUGUUGUUUUUAUACUUUUUCUAUAUAAAUAUAUUGAAAUGUGUGACUUCCUAUAGCGCACAAAUCAACUUUUUUUUAAUAUCAGUUUUUACUGUGCGUAUAUUUCAUUGGAACAAAGACAACUGCACCUGUUGUGUUACUGUGCUCACAAAGAAGUUGCACACCUGUGGAUUGUUUUUGUAUUAUUUCCUACAGUUGACGGAGCAGUGCUGCAAAACUCAUCACUUUGCAUCAUGAUUUGCUCCUGAUGAACAGAGGUAACACCAUCUGCUCUGGCCAUUCUAGAGUUACUACAAUUAGGAAGAUGACCUUAAGACAGACAUGCACUUACUGGGGUUAGGUUAAUUGGCUACACUAAAUUGCCCAUAGGUGUGAAUGAGAACAUGAAUGUGAGUGUGAAAGGUUGUCUGUUUCUCUGUGUUGGCCCUGCGACAGGCUGGCGAC